AUGGGUUCCAAGACGCCACAAAAUGAUCAAGGCCACCAUCAAGGUCCCCCACCUCUGUCCAAUGCCACCAACAACGUUGCAGCAGGACGCAAUGGACCAGCUCCUGGCGACGGCGACGGAUGUCUGGGCUCCAAUGGUGCCGCUGGAGGGUCUGACGAUGACGAUGACGACGGCAUUGCGAAGGCCGAGACUUCCGCUGUAACCUUGACCUCUUCUAAGUCAAAGAAGAAAAAGAAGCGAUCUAAGUCCAAGAAGAGCAAGAAUGGCUCUUCGAAGCAUCAGACGUCACCGCCGAGCAUCCCAAUUGCCGACCUCUUUCCAGCUGGAACUUUCCUGACCGGCCAGCUUCUCGACUAUCCACCCAGCGAGGAAAGCACCAAGCGUACGACCCAAGCUGAGCUCCGAGCACUGACCCGGACCAACAUCGAAGACCCUGUCUUUCUCAACGACUACCGCCAUGCCGCUGAAGUCCACCGCCAGACUCGGGCCUGGGUCCAGCAGUACGCCAAGCCAGGCGUGAGCCUCACAGGAGUCGCCUCCGGCAUGGACGAUAGCAUUCGUGCCUUACUCAACAAUCCUGGCCUCGGGACCGGAAGCGCUCUGAAGUCCGGGUUGGGAUUCCCAACUGGGCUAUGCGUCAAUGAAGUCGCUGCUCACUGGACGCCCAAUCCUGGUGGGAAGGAUGUGGUGUUGAGCGAGCACGAUGUCUUGAGUGUGGACUUUGGUGUUCACAUUAACGGGUGGAUCGUUGAUAGUGCUUUCACGAUCAGCUGGGAUCCAGUCUAUGACGAGUUGUUAAAGGCGGUUAGGGAGGCUACUGAGGCUGGAAUCAAGCUCGCAGGGCCCGACGCCCGCAUCGCGUCCCUCAGUGAAGCCAUCCAGGAGACCAUGGAGUCAUACGAAGUCACCCUACCGUCCCGUUCCAACAACACCGGGAGUAAGACUUACCAAGUCCGCGCUAUUCGCAACAUCACGGGCCAUAAUAUUGACCAGUACCGCAUUCAUGCUGGGAAAAGUGUUCCGUUCAUCGCGCAUGAGGACGAUGGCACGAAGAUGGAGGAGGGCGAAGUGUAUGCGAUUGAGACGUUUGGGACGACGGGGAAGGGGUGGUUACGGGAUGGUGACGGAGCCUACGGCUACGGCCUCUCCUCUGACCAACCCCUGCCAGCCAAGAUCACCCUCCCGCUCGCAUCAGCAAAUAAGCUCUACCGAACAAUCAAGGACAAUUUCGGCACCCUCAACUUCGCCCGUCGCCAGCUGGAACAUCUGGGUUGUGAGCGAUACCUAGCCGGCCUACAUUCUCUUGUGUCGCACGGGAUACUCACCGAGCACAAGCCCCUAGUGGACAUCAAGGGGAGCUAUACUUCGCAGUUCGAGCACACGAUUCUACUCCGGGAGAAUUGUAAGGAGGUUGUUAGUCGCGGCGACGAUUACUAG